AUGGAUCCGACAGUUCUUCACUUUUGCUCUUUUGUUUUGCAGUUCUUCAGCUGGUGGAGUAGUUACAAUGAAGCUAUCAACUACCUAGCUACAGUGCCAAAAUACCGUAUACAAGCUACUGAGAUUGCCAAGCAACAAGGUUUACUCAAUAAGACUAAAGAAAAAGGCAAGAACAGGCGCUCUAAAGAGGAAAUUCGGGAAGAAGAGGAAGAAAUCAUCAAAGACAUUAUUAAAAAUAAAAUAGAUAUAAAAGGCGGUUAUCAGAAGCCCAAGAUAUACGAUAUCCUUCUAUUUCAGCUCCUUCUUGCCCCUUUUUACUUGUGCAAAUACAUAGUUUGGCGCUGUUGGUGGAUUUAUUGUUUCACUAUUAAAGGGCAAGAGUACGGUGUGGAAGAGAAGCUGUAUAUCAUACGAAGGAACAUGAAAAUGUCUCAGUCUCAGUUUGACAGCCUAGAAGACCAUCAAAAAGAGACCUUUCUUGAACGGCAACUGUGGAUACGAGAAAACUAUGAGGCCUAUAAACGAGAACAAGAGGAGGAGUUAAAGAAGAAGAUGGCCAUGGAUCCCCGAUGGAAGAGGUAUCGGCGGUGGAUGAAGAAUGAAGGACCUGGAAGACUGACAUUUAUUGAUGACUGAGAGCUGCCAAACAAUACGUGUGCCAAUGUUGGAAGUGAUUUGCAGAACUCCACUACAUCAUUCAGAGUUUUGUCUGCUGUGCCUCAGCAGUGAUCUAAAACUCAGGAAUUAUGAAACCAGGCCAACAAAUAAUACAGGUUUACCAUUUUUAUAAAUCAGAUGUAUUAAACAGGCUCAGCUCAAUGUAUAUAUACCAUUUACUUGGGGAUCUCAGUGUGGAAUUCAUUAUUCCAAACAAUGUAUUUUCUCUCCAUAUUUCAUAUUCACAAUCUCUGGAACUGUAACUUUCUGAAAAUGUUUCUAGAUCAGUCCUUGAAAGUCCUGUUUUGCCUUUUUAAACCGAAGGGUUCCUGCAAAUGAACACUGGAAAUGUACAAAAGGGUUAUGAAGCGAGGCCAUUUUCUGUUUUCCUCUCUCUUUCCUCCUAUUUUUCAAUCUAAAUUCCAAGAUGCCAAAUUGUUUUUUGGUGUUAAACAACAUGGGGAUUAUACCAGACUUCUUUCGCUAUUCCUGUUCCGGUUGGAAAUGGAUUUUAUUUUUUGUGAGAAUAAAUGAUGCAUGAUUGA